AUGGAGGAACUUAGGGACCUACAGAUGACAGAUAUGGUAAUGAAAUUCCGCCAGAGGGGAUACCAACAGAAAACUUUGAAGACAAGCCAAGAAGCGGCUGUGGAAACGACACAAAAGGAACUUUUAUAUGGCUCUAAGAACAAAGAAGUGGAGGAGAAAUAUUCACCACAACCUAUACCAAGGUGCCCCCCUGUGUCAGACACUUGUCACACUGAGGGUCCCCCUGUGUCAGACACUUGUCACACUGAUUGCCCCCCUGUGUCAGACACAUGUCACACUGAGGGUCCCCCUGUGUCAGACACUUGUCACACUGAGGGUCCCCCUGUGUCAGACACUUGUCACACUGAUUGCCCCCCUGUGUCAGACACUUGUCACACUGAGGGUCCCCCUGUGUCAGACACAUGUCACACUGAGGGUCCCCCUGUGUCAGACACUUGUCACACUGAGGGUCCCCCUGUGUCAGACACUUGUCACACUGAUUGCCCCCCUGUGUCAGACACUUGUCACACUGAGGGUCCCCCUGUGUCAGACACAUGUCACACUGAGGGUCCCCCUGUGUCAGACACUUGUCACACUGAGGGUCCCCCUGUGUCAGACACUUGUCACACUGAGGGUCCCCCUGUGUCAGACACAUGUCACACUGAGGGUCCCCCUGUGUCAGACACAUGUCACACUGAGGGUCCCCCUGUGUCAGACACUUGUCACACUGAGGGUCCCCCUGUGUCAGACACUUAUCACACUGAUUGCCCCCCUGUGUCAGACACUUCUCACACUGAGGGUCCCCCUGUGUCAGACACAUGUCACACUGAGGGUCCCCCUGUGUCAGACACUUGUCACACUGAGGGUCCCCCUGUGUCAGACACUUGUCACACUGAUUGCCCCCCUGUGUCAGACACUUGUCACACUGAUUGCCCCCCUGUGUCAGACACUUGUCACACUGAGGGUCCCCCUGUGUCAGACACAUGUGUCAGACACUUGUCACACUGA